AGGCAAUACGAAUGGUGAGCUGCCGCACAGUGAGUUCCGUGUUACUUGAUUGUGUCGAGCAAGCGCGUUUUACGUUAUCGAUAUUGUUUGGUAAUUUCCAACCAAAAAUAAAUAAAAGCAAAUUCGGAUAAGUUCAGACCGAAACGUAUUUCCAUCGGAGGCGCGAUUCGAAAUUACCCUUUGAAGUUUUAUGGUCCUUCGCGUUGGAUGUGCAGUGGAUAGACUGAGCUCCGAGUUAUAACCUAAAAAUUGGUUGUUCUAUAUUCAUGAAGUGAAGGCCCAUUUGGAAUUUAUGUUUGGUGUGAUCUGGAGUCUUAUGUACCCCUAAUAAGAAACGCCCGUUGCAGGUCCCAAGCGCCACUGUCGCACCACCGAGAAGGAAGGGGAGGGGAGGUCAGCUGACACCGGCACCGCGACGUUCGUGACGUUUCCUUCUCCAGUCGUCGUGAGGCGUCCCUUAUUGAGCUGUCCUGUUGUUGCUACCCUCUUGUAGAGCGGGAGCAAAUAGCGCUGUUCUUGGUGACGGUCGUCGGCGUUGUUUUAGGGGAUGAAGUGUCGCAGGUCGUGAUGAUAGGAAGAUCGGGUUGAUAACUGGACCUUUUUUUUUCCUCUUGUUGUCGUUGGAGACGUUUCACGAGUCGUCGGUGUUCGGGGUAUGAUAUUGUAGUGUUGGUUUGCUGGAGACGAUGAAGGGAUUUAUUGUUAUUGCGUGGAUGGUGAACUUGUGUCUGGCUGCAUGGCAGGAGAACACCAGGCCAAAGAUGUUCGUUCAAUUAGGAGCCGAAGACGACGUUCACCACUUCACCGGAAACGACACCCACACGGACUUCUUCCGGCUGAUGUUGCGAGACGGGGAUAAUUUGCUGGUUGGUGGAAGAAAUCUAGUCUACAAUUUGAGCCUUAGUGAUCUAGCAGAACAGCAAAGACUGACAUGGUAUUCAAACGAACAAGAUGCUAAGAUGUGUGUGAUGAAAGGAAAAGAUGAGGAAAACUGUCAGAACUACAUCAGGAUCUUGGCGAGGAACACGAACGACCGCCUAUUGUUAUGCGGCACCAACGCCUUCAAGCCGGUUUGCAGGGAAUACGGGAUCCACCCUGGAAAUUACACGAUGGUGAAGGAGAAGCCGGGCCAGGCCGUUUGCCCCUACGAUCCACAUCAUAACUCAACCGCUAUCUAUGUUGACGGGGACCUCUACACCGGCACGGUGGCAGAUUUCAGCGGAAUGGACCCCAUUAUCUACAGAGAACCAUUACAGACCGAACAAUACGAUUCGAUGAGUCUCAACGCUCCCGAUUUUGUCAGCUCGAUGACCCAAGGUGAUUUCGUUUACUUCUUCUUCAGGGAGACUGCUGUCGAAUUCAUCAACUGCGGAAAAGCUGUAUUCUCGAGGGUGGCCAGGGUUUGUAAGAAUGACAGAGGUGGUCCGCAUCGUUUCAGGAACAGAUGGACGUCAUUCUUGAAAUCAAGAUUGAAUUGCUCGGUUACCGGAGAAUUUCCAUUUUAUUUCAACGAGAUUCAAUCCUCCACCGAACUGAUCGAAGGUCAAUACGGCGAUACCACAGCCCAGCUGGUGUACGGAACCUUCACGACGCCCUACAACAGUAUUUCAGGAAGCGCCGUUUGCGCCUUCAGCCUGCAAGACAUCACGGACACUUUCGAGGGCAACUUCAAGGAGCAGACUGCCCUCAACAGCAACUGGCUGCCGGUUCAGAGUUCGAAGGUGCCAGACCCAAGACCAGGUCAGUGUCACAAUGACAGCAGGACCUUGCCGGACUUGACGCUCAAUUUCAUCAAGACCCACUCUUUGAUGGAUGAGAGUGUGCCUUCGUUCUUUGGACAGCCCAUCGUUAUAAGGACUAGUUACAGAUAUCGUUUUACUCAGAUAGCAGUGGAUCCUCAAGUUAGAGUACCAGGUGGAAAAACUUACGAUGUCUUGUUUAUUGGAACAGAUAACGGAAAAGUGAUAAAAGCUAUAAAUGCACUGUCUGCCGAGAAAAGACAUGGAGUUCGACCGGUUGUUAUUGAGGAAAUUCAAGUUUUCCCAGUACACGUGGCCAUCAGAGGACUGAAAGUGGUUAAAUCUAACAAGCAAGAAGGUCGACUUGUAGUUAUAUCAGAUGGGGAGGUCCAGUCAUUGCGUCUGCAUAGAUGUGACAGCAACAAGAUCUCCAGCUGCAGCGAAUGCGUCGCCCUCCAAGACCCCUACUGCGCCUGGGAUAAGGUUCAGGGAAAGUGUAGGUCCCACGGUUCCGGGAAAUGGGGCGAGGAGAGCUACUUCUUCCAGAGCAUAUCGACGGGAGAACACUCAGCGUGUCCCCCGCCCAAGGCGUCAAAAGAUACAAGCUCGGCAGGUGGGCUGAGUUCUAAUCAACCCAAGUUCAGCCAAGACCACCAGCCCAGCAACAAUCAGCCGGACGGGCAGGUUAUAAAUAUUAUCCAGGAGAAGACUUUCGAGACUAAUGGUCCAUCAGUAGCAGCAACAGAUGUUGUUUCAUAUCAUUACUCAGUAGAAACGCUCAUUUUGGCUGUACUUACCGGAUCUCUGUCUGCUCUCAUGGUCGGCUUCAUAGCUGGCUACUUGUGUGGUAGAAAAUGUCACAAAGACGAAGAUGACAAUCUGCCUUAUCCAGAUACAGAAUACGAAUAUUACGAGCAGAGGCAGAACAUGAACAGGAUCAAUUAUAGAAUCCAGGCAGAGCCAAAGCUGCUGCCCCAAGAGGAAGUUCAAUAUGCCGAACCCGUGCUUGUUCCCCAGCCACCAAAGAUGCAUUCGCCCAAGAGCACCCUCAGAAAGGGACCACAGAACAAUUCCGAAGCGUUGUUCCAAUUCCAACCAGACACAGGUUACAAUGGACGUGACAACUUCAGAGGCCGUGACAACUUUGGUACCUUACGUUCCCACCAAGGCGAUAAUUACAGACGUGGCGACGGCUUCUCAACAACCCGCAGCGUCAAGAAGGUGUACCUCCUCCUCGCCGUCUCCCACACACGCCCACACUGCCUCCUACAUUUACAGGGCUUAGAUCGAGUCGCCACGGUGGGUGAAAACGAAACCCGGCGCUUCCUCGUAUACGUGGAAAAUUUUGAGAGAGUGUUCACGUUAUCUUCCGGUACCUGCGUCAUGACAAGACAAGUCACUAUUGCGUAACUCACUCCAAUCGGUCUGCUUUGCGCUUCUUCAACAAGUUUAAAAUUAGAUUUAGCGAACUUCUUGAGUUUCGUCGGAACGUUUCAAAACUGGACCAAUUCGAAACUGAAUUCAUUCAAUUUCGAAAAGGAGUUCAGUUCGGAACUGAAUUGGUCUCGAAACCCAGUGCUGGGAUCCCAUUAUUUUCAUUUCGAAAGUAAUGGGAUCCCAUCACGGGGAAAAUUAUUUACGAAUAGAAAAUAAUGGGAUCCCAGCACUGGGUCGUGCCUUCAUGAAAUGCCACAAAAAAAACAUUAUUCCACAUAAUUUAUUACCAGUGUCCGUAAUAUUAUUAAUUUGGCAACUUCUUCCAAAGAAAUCUUCCGUCAUUAAAUUUAUUAAAACCCAAAAAUCUUUAAUUUAAAAGCUCUCAACCACCCUGACAAAAUUUUACAUUUUAAAGAACACCUCUGCCCGAAAAAAGUAUCUCAGUUCCUUUGUGGUAACUUAGUUAUUUUUAAAUAUAUAAGUUGCUAAGUUCCCUUUAUUUUUAGGGAGAAAGUAAAUACAUAGUAUUUCAGGUAGCCAAAAGUAUUUUCCCACCUUAUAUUUUAACUGAUAUAUCAUAAAAGUUCCACUUCAUUUCUAAAGUAACUGAAAUAGGGCUUAAGAACAUCUUCAGCUUCUUAUUUAGGGGAGUAACUAGUUACAUACCCAAAGUUACUUCUGAUAUUGCAAAAAGUAACUUAUUUUGUUACUUUUCAAAAAUAUCUUCUGGAGUUCUGGAGCAAACGAUAACCGUAUCACAAUUUUUGAGUUAUUACUAUAUUUCCCUUGUUUCGACAAGGGAAAUGUACUCAAUGAAAUCAAGUACUUAAGGAUACUUUACUUACGAGUGAAGUAUUCUUAAAGUACUUGAUCGUACACUACAUAUUUGUGGUUGUAAUGUUGUUUCAUGAAGGACUUGAAACUUAUUGAGGACCUAUUAACUGCUAUUUACCUCUACUUCAUUUCUACUUUCGAGUAUAAGCCUCAUCCUUGUAGAUUUUUCAAGAAAACUAAAAAAGAAUAAUCGAUUAAUCUAAAAUUUGUUGAAGAAAUGUGAUAACUCUUUUAGCAAGUCAAUUAAUGCUUACAUAUAAUUUUGGUGCAAAAAACUACAUACAUCUCUUACAAAGGAAAAACCACAAUUAACUUGAAGUCAUUGUGGAAUCUAGUCAGCCUUUUCUCAACAAUGUUAUUACCGUAAAAGAAUUAUAUGACUAUAUUUAAGUUUUUGUUGGAGUGAGUUAAACAUUUGAGACCUUGUGACUAGUGAACAUGAAUGCGAGGACUUGUAGUGUAUAGCUUAGGCAGUGUCUUAGAUUCAUAGACAUAAUUCAAAUAUUUUCAUGAUUAAUAAAGUGCUUCUUAUGGAUGUGUUAGGUAAGGUGAAAUCCGUGAAUAUAGAAUUGUUAUCAUUUUAGCUACCUUGUGAUUAGAUGUAAAUUUUAAUAUAUAGAAUUGUUCCAUCUUCGUGUACUUUUAGCUUGAAUUUAAUUUUUAUAUGCAUAUUCUGUUCACGUAAAAAUUUCGUUUCAUGAAUUAUCACGAAAUUUCUCAAAGGAAGUAGUCACUACAACAUGGCAAUUUGAAGUGCCAAAGUAGCCUGUAGUGGUACUGAAACUAUAACAUUCCAGUUGAUGAUGAUCCAAGCAUAUCCACACUUUCGCACAAAAAAUUUGAGAAGUUUGUGAUUAUAAAUUCAUUUUGAGUUUAUCCUGAUAAAAUAUGUAAUUGCUAUUCUAAAUACAGUUAUAGUUAUGACCUGAAAGAAAAUAAAGUAAAUGUAAUUGCCAUUUAACCAUAUACAAAAAUUAUUUUGUUGCGCAUUCAUAGGUGUUUUCGAUAAAAUAAACUGAUCAUAAAUGAUAAGAAGCUUCUUUAAUUAUAGGAUUUAGAACUGCAUAUGAGACUGAACUUAAGAAUACUCUGUGUCCGAUUUAAGUCCAGUUAAGCCUGUAUAUUUUAUUUCUAUUCUGUUGUUAUGUGUGUUUAUAUCGGUACAAAUCUCAUAAUUUAUAUUUUAUAUGAAGAAACUUAUCCUGAUCAUUUUUGACUGCUAUUGAUUUGUGAGUUCCCAUCGUAAAUUUGUAACAAAUCAAUAUGUCAAUUAUACCUAAGGUGCUUAUCUGUAUGUCUGUAACACGAUCAUCUACAUCAAUAUUUUGACAUUUUACUUGUUCUCAUUUGCGUUAUUCUUCCAGUAUUGCUCAAAUUCGGCUGGCAUUAAGUUAUAUACUGACAUUUAUUCAACACUAGCACGUAGAAUCCUGAAAAUAUAGAAUUCAAUAAUUGGUAGGAUAUGGGCUGAAAUUUAUUCAGAGUUGUAUUCAAACUAGAUAUUUAGUUUAGUUUCCUCAGAUACAUAAACAUCAUAUCUUACCAAUAUUCAGAAAACUUAGUGAACUUUUUCAACUUAUCCAUUUGCGCUAAAUGAUAAAACAUAUUCAAAUGAGUUAGAGAAUUUUGAGCUUUAUAGCCAUGAUCUUCAGAGGUUUCUAGAUAGCAAUUCUACACUGGAUUGUUUGAGUCACACUCGAACUAAACCAGCCAGAAUUGGAGGAAAUAAACCUCCUUCCCCAUAUAUCCAGCUUAUCUGGAUGAGGACAACCAAUUUGAGAAACCUAGUGUCCAGUUAUAAAAUAAGAACAUCAGGAGAAAACCCGAUUGGACCAUGACUAUAACUCUAUAAAUUUUCUAAAGCUGUUGAACAAUUUGGCCGUGAAAGCCUUCAGCAUUAUAAAACAUAUUGUUGCAUACGUGUAUGUAUAAAAUUUUCUAUGAAUUUAAUUCUCAUGCAGUGAAAGCAUUUUGAGAUAUUCAAAAACAAUAACUGAAAACAAUUAUUACUAUGAUAUUUUCAAAAAUGUGUAUAAAAUUGUAGAUAGAUUUUUAAUAACAGAUAUAAAAUAUGAAAUAGUAUUAGUUACUAGUCAUGUUAAACAUUUAAUAACAUUUGGCACUUGAAAAUUUUAUGAAUUAAUGGUAUUAGCUAUUUUUGUUCAGAUUUUAUCAUGUGAGAUAUCUUUUAUAUUGUCUCAUAUCGUCAUCUAAUGGAGGAGCGAAUGUUAGCAUGCUAUAAAAUAUGCAUCUCAAUGAUGUUUCGAGAUUUUCAUAUCGUAUAAUGUAGAAUACAAAGUGAUUCAUUUUUCUUUGUGAAAAUCUCGAAAUUUUAUUUUUGAUCUGAUGGAUUUGCUUUAAUUGAAAAUUUCUUGUGCAUCCUCCAAGUACAGACGCAUUUGCAAUAAUCAAUGAUUAUGGCAGAGGAUUCUGCCAAGUUUUGGGAUAUCACAAAGUAUAUUAAAGUCUUGAAAUGUAGAUUUUAGAAAUAUUCGCAAAUUGUAUGUCUGCAGAUUUUUACCGAUUCCAGUUCCAUGGUGGUACUUACAAACAAAAAAGCUAAAAAUAUAUUUCAAUUAAUAUUUACUACUCUAAUUAUUAUUUUAUAGAAGACAGAAAUUUAAUUUUCUUUUUCAUUCAUACCAACAGAAAAUAUUGCAUUUAUCAGGAUUUCCUCUUAGUCUUCCAUAAUAAUCAUGAAUUAUAAAAUCAGCAUAAAUAAAUGUUUGUUCUUACCACCUCAAAACUAUCUGGAUGUUCGCCUAAUGAAGCCUUUAGCUUAUCUUAUAUUUAAAACAUCGUUGCAUCAGUAUAUGAUGAAUAGUACAUAGUGUAUAUUCUAACAUUCCUUAAUCGAAUAUAAAAACGUUAAAAUGCAUUACAUAUAAAUUUAAGAAGUGAUUUAGAUACUUUGUAAUAAAUAUGAGAGUUUUUAUAGACAUUAUUUGAAUAGGAUCUCAGAAUGAUAUUAUACCAAGUCGAGAAACUCAACUCAAACUGAGAGGACUUUUGUUUUUCUACCAUGUAAUCAAAUGAAUUUAUGGAUAUUAAAAAAUGAUGAUAUCCUAGGGUUUACAGAAAAGUUUAUUUCUUCUAUAAUUCUUAUAAUGUGGAAUUGUGAAAAUGUCCAUUUCUUAAAACAGAUUUUGAUCAAUACACUUCAUUUUGGAAAGAAUCUUCUUUUAUGAUCAAUUCAUUGUGAUUGAAGUUGUUUAUUUCGAAUAAACUUUGUAUAUAAUAUGCCUUUAUGGAUAUAGAAUAUUUAUGAAAUAGUAAACAAUAGCCAACUGUUUGUCCAGAAAAAUUCAGAUUUACUUUUAAGUGAUACUUUGAGAAAACGGUAUAUUUUAAGAGAAUAUCACUGUAUAUCUGAUUGUUAUUUUGAUACUCUAUAUUCUGGACAAAAUGUAUAAAUAUGCAUUUAUUAAUUUUAGAUUCAUAAUGUAUUCUUUGAAUAGAAAUAAAAUAUAGAAAUUUUUAA